UUUCUAGGAAAUGAAAUAUAUAUAGAUUAUAAAAAUAAAAGCGUAUAUAUACAUCAAACUAAAUAUACAGAUAAGAUAUUAAAUAAAUAUAAUAAAAGGGAUUUAUAUCCGUAUAAUACACCUAUAGAUAAUAAUAUAAAGUUAUAUAAAAAUAAAGGACAAGCAACUAAGGAAGAAAUAUUAAAAUAUCAGCAAGAAAUAGGUGCUUUAAUAUAUUUAGCACUAAAAACAAGAAUAGAUAUAACUCUUCCUGUUAUAACUUGUUCUAGAUAUAUAAGUAACCCUUCUAAAGAGCAUUUU